UACGUUUAAUUGUCAUAUCUCUGUCUCUCACACACACCCACAAAAGGAGAAGGAGAGGGAGAGGGAGAGAAUGGGUUGGACAUGGAAGAAAGAACACUUGGAUGUAAUCCUAGUCCCAAGUGGGUUACUGAUCAUGUUUGGCUACCAUCUCUACCUUCUCUACAGAUACCUCAAACUCCCCCACACCACAACCAUGGGCCAUGAGAACAACAGCAAAGUAGCUUAUGUUGAGAGAACCAUGCAGAUCGACGUGAGGGACAGAGGCCAAGCUCUAACAGUGAUAACCACCAACAUCUCAACGGCAACAACACUGUCCUCCAUCUCCCUAGUCCUAAGCUCACUAAUCGGAACAUGGCUCGGAAACUCCACAAAAACCAUCUUCACAACCUACCUCAUUUACGGCGACACAAGCCAAUCAAUCAUGUCGAUCAAACUCAUCACUCUUCUCAUCUUCUUCCUCAUCGCCUUCGCUUCCUUCAUCCAAACAACGCGCUGCUUCGUCCACGCAACCUUCCUGCUCACAAUGCCUGACGCCGAAGUUCCCGCGAGCUACGUCGAGACGGCGGUGAUCAUGGGAAGCAAUUUCUGGUCGAUUGGAAUGAGAGCUCUCUACUUUGCGGUGACGCUGUUGCUUUGGGUUUUCGGCCCGAUUCCGAUGUUUGUGAGCUCGGUGGUGAUGGUGGGGGUUUUGCAUAAUUUGGAUUCCGAUUCGGCUCCUUUACAUCAGUUUCGGCCUGUCCCCAGUCGGAGUGUGUUGAAGAAUGUUGGGGAGGAAAUGGCGGCUGUGGGGAGAGCUGUUCAACAGCUUGGGAGGCCCCAUGGGAAUUGAGCUACCUACGGUAGUAUACCACUACAAGAAUAAUAUUGAGCUGUUCAACAGCUUGGGAGACCCCAUGGGAAUUGGGCAAUUUUCAAUUAUUCUUUUCACCGCUUGAGAUUUUCUGUCUUCAAAAUCUCUAUGUUCUCGUAUUUUUAUUCACUCUUAAUUGUAAAAUAAUAUUAUGAGAAUCCCGAAAAUAAUUUUGAAAUACAAUUGUACCGUUUGAAAUUUUCUAUAUUCAAAAUCUCUA